AUGAUUGUGGACUUCAGGAAGAGCACUGUCCCCCCGCCCCCACCCUCCGUGAUGGACUCCCCCAUCACCUCUGUGGAGUCCUUCCGUUUCCUGGGCACCACCAUCACCCAGGACCUCAAGUGGGAGCCGACCAUCAGCUCCCUCAUCAAGAAGGCCCAGCAGAGGAUGUACUUCCUGCGGCAGCUCAGGAAAGCCAAGCUGCCUGCACAGAUGUUGGUGCAGUUCUACACGGCCAUCAUCGAAUCCAUCCUCACCUCCUCCAUCACCGUGUGGUUCGCUGGAGCCACAGUCAGGGACAAACAGAGACUACAGCGCAUUGUGCGCUCUGCAGAGGAAGUGAUCGGCCGCAGCCUUCCAUCGCUGCAGGACCUUCCCGUAGAAUCUGACCGGGAUGACUUAUCUGUGGCAGGGGUGCAGCCUUUUAUAGAGGAGAAAGAGCUGGAGGUUUUGGAGAAAAGCAUGCAAGCAGCCGAGACCAGUUCAUGGACAUUUGGCGAGAUCGUGCUGAACCGCAGAUGGCUGAAGGAUGUGGAGAAGUUCCUCACAUUUCGCAAGAACACUUCUCGCAGCUUUGGACUACAAUCACCACAACAACCGUCCGGCACAUGUGAACAGCAAAGGCCAAGUGUCCCUAAAGAGACUGUACAGCAAAAAAUCGAAACGGUAUCGGAGGACUCUUUUGAAUGUACGCGUGUUGCAGUCCGACAACAAGAAAUAGUCAAUUCUGCCCCACCUGUGGAAAAUGUCAAAGCGCGCUGGCCAGCACUUUAUACAGAGAGACAGGUCCUGGCAGAAUUUAACCAGAUCACCAGCUCCAAACUGGGCAAUGAUUUCGUUGAAGCAUUGGAUUGCCUAACGACACAGUUCAUCAAGCUCUUAAGGCCAAAAGGGGGUCUGCUGGCGCUAAGCUUUCCAAGAUUGUCCGGCACCUCGAUUCCUGUCAGAGGAGAUGGAGAAAGGAGAAAGGUACACAUCAAAAGAGAUGGUGGAACUGCAGGAAAACCCUGGUGA